UUUAUGACAAAACUUGGGCGAGUGAAGCAGAGACCAAAACCAAAAAGAUCAGUUCUUUCCUUGGCCUCAAACCAGAUCACACACCACCAUCCUCCAAUCCCUUCCCUUCUUUUUCCGACGAUUCUCUUAUUCAACGUUUCGCGCUCUCUCUCUCUCUGCCCUCUUCCCGCAACGACUGCGUUUUAGCUAGGGUUUCGAACCAGAAAUGGAUUGGGGCAACGUCACGGCGGAGGAUCUGGUCGACGCUCUCCGCGAAGUGGACUGGUCGUCUCCGCCGCGCCCUUUCUCGGAAUUCUUCUCCAGGUUCACAGUCCCCAGAUCCUCUUCCAAAUGGAACAGCCGCCUCAAAUGCAAUCUCUACUACUACAGAACCAACUACUUCCUUUUGAUUGUUACGAUUCUCGGCUUGGCUUUUCUAACGAGGCCUCUUGCAAUUGUUGCUGCCUUUCUGACGGCACUCAGCGUUGCUUUUCUGAAUGACAGCUUUGCAGGUACUUUUAGUGAGAAAGUAACAAGAUCUGUGAGGCAAUUCUCUCCACAUUUAGCUGCAAAGAUGAGACCUCCUCUUACGCCUGUAAUUCGUGGACGUCCUUCAGCCAAGAGAGCAAUAUUCAUAUGUGGUCGGCCUCGUUGGGUGUUUGUCUUGAUAUUCUCUUCUGUGAGUUUCAUCCUGUGGUUUGUUUCCUGUGGUCUCUUAAUUGUCGCAUGGGCACUCUCCUUUGGACUUCUUGCCACUUUACUGCAUGCAAGCUUCAGGACACCCAACUUGAAAGCACGUCUGAACACAUUCCGCGAGGAAUUUCGUCAAGUUUGGCGCAACUAUAGUGAGCUGUAACUUACCUGGAAUUUCUAUGAUCAACAGUCUUUGCUUCUGUUAGGAAUUGUGCUAUUGAUUGUGAAUCUCAUACAAGUUGUGAUUUGGAGCUUGAGCUUCACUACAGCUGCUAUAAAAUAAUCUUGGCUGGACUGGAAUUCCUAGGUAAAAGCUGCCUACCUCUGAAGAUCACCAGUGGGAUGUAAAUCGUCAUGAACUCCUGUUUCUGUAAAGCAAAUUGUUCCAUUUCACAAUCCAUAUUUGUAGGAAACAUUGAAGGAUCUUAUGUGCAGUAGUGUUUAACAUUCUUAGAAUAUAUGGGCGGUGUCUUUUAAGUCCCUCUGCUUGUUUUUAUGUUGCUUUGAAUAGAAGAUAGUGAUUUAGUUG